AGUCUAUGAGUCUGUGAGACAGAGAGCGAGAGAGAGAGUACAAGCAAUUGAAGAGUGAAUGAGUGAACAGUGAAUACAAUAAUAGAGAGUAAUAGCAAUACAAGACUACAACACAUACUAUACUAUAAUCGCAGCCAAUCUGUUGUUCCACUAAUUGUUUCCACAAAUCAAUACAUUAUUUAAUUUAAUUGACAUUUUGUUUGACAACAAAACCGCAUAGAAUUGACUCAAACACACGACUACUACUCGAGCCGUCACUCAAUACACACCAUAACAGUUAUUGGAUUUGAUCCCAAAGUGAUAUCGUGUUAACGCGAAGCCAAGAGUGAGAUCUCGUGGUCAGGCAUUGAAUUGGCGAAGAGAUAGCGAUCAGUUUGUCGACCAAAUGAUGGCCACAGACAUGAAGUUCGGCCCCGAAUGGCUGAGAGCGUUGUCAGACGGCGGCCCCAACUCCUCGCAGACGGGCACAGGGGGUCCGCCCGCGCCGUCCGCACCGCAGAAGUAUAAACUGUCUGAAUAUCGAUACGGAAGAGAAGAAAUGCUGGCGCUCUUCAACCAUAACCUCAAACCUCCCGAGAGUUUAGCGGAGUUUCCGCACCUUUUUGUUGAGAAAAUGCAAUUACCGUUAGCUCUGAUCAACAUGUCUGAGGAAGAAUCGCGGCUUUGGAAUCGUGUCAACAGUGAUGUUGUGCUAAGACUUAUGGGUAAAGGAGGCAAUGGACCCGAAAGAGGCGACCGACCCGUUCCCGAAAGGGGCGGCGUAUCGAUGAGAGCCGGCAGAGGGGGUAGUGUUCCUGAAAGAGGCCGCGGCAGAGGUCGUGGCGGUUAUUAUCAUCGCGGAAAUUAUGAAGAGAGCGGCGAUAGUCCUCCAGAACGGCGAGACUUUCUCGGAGGGAGGAGUAAAGUGUUUGAACGAAAUCACAGCUUAAAUGAAGAGAACAUUAAUCCAAGAGAGAAGAGAGGAUACGAAAGAAGUUUUAGUCGCGGCGGUGGUGUCGGCACUGCUGUCGAAGAUUUGCGUAAAAACAAUUCGCGUUCGUCUUCUGUGGAGAACUGGAGGACUGGCGGAAGGGGUGAAGACAGAGAGGGCUGGAGGACAGCCAGAGGGUCGGCAGAAAACAACUGGAAUAAUAGCGUUACUAAUCGGAGCGCUUUGUGGCGAAAGGACUAUAACAGACAUCCGGAGUCGUGGGAAGAGAUCGAGGAUCCGGACCGCAGAGGGUCUCUACCGGAAUGGAGUCUCGAAGACCCGUCCGAUGUCGACGCCAAAGUGGGAACGUUUGACGCUUCCGGUGCUUUCAGAGAGGAUACCAAUGAAGACGAAGAAACCAAAUAUGAUAACGAAUUGGACGACGAGAAUAGAGACGACUCGAGAGAAACCCUAAAAAGUGAUGACAUUUCCAAAAGGUCUAAUCAAAACUCAAAAUCACUUAAUAAUGAGUUUCAAAAGGAGUCUAAAAUUGCAAAACAAAACCAAAACAUUGAUAAAUCGAUAAAAAACGAUGAGAACAGUGACAGCAAAGAGUCGACUCUAAACGUGUUGAAACAGUUACAGCAGAAGUCGGCCCAAUCGUCGGCACAGUCCUCAUCACAAACGCCUACAAACUCUUCAAAUAAAUUAUUUAAAACAAACGCUUCAUUGAAUUCUAAUUCAAACUCACAUAACAUUAACAAGAAUUCGUCAGAAGAGGACGGAUUCGGACAAUUCGCACAUCUGGAGAAGGAGGCCGAGAAUAUGGUCGCCCAGUGGACGGCCGACGACGAGCCCAAAGACAACAAACAGCGGUUGGCGGCCGUCGUCGCCGCCGAAGAGCAGCCGUCGGGCGGUGUUGUUGUGCUUCCGAUACAACACGACGACGCGUUCAAGUGGUUCUAUCGCGACCCACAGAACGAAAUCCAGGGUCCGUUCACUCCCCACGAGAUGUACGACUGGUUUACUGCCGGUUACUUCGCAAUGGAUCUUCUAGUCAGGCGCGGAUGCGAUGAGUACUUCUCACAGUUGGGAGAACUGCUCAAACUCUGGGGUUGCAUACCAUUCAUUCUGGUUCACGGCCAGCACCCGCCCCUCCGCGCCCAAUCAUCCACUCCCUCACACCCAUCACAUCCCGCACCGCAACCAUCCCAUCAUCCCAUGGCAUCGUCACACAUACGUCAUCCGCAGCCAUCAAAUCCCACUCCACAUCCAUCGCAAGCACCACAACCACAGCAACCCGUAUUGACAAACCAACAGAGUGUUGAUAUGCAGUCACAGUUGAGGCAACUGUUGGCUCAACUCAAAAAACAAGAGGGCUUUUCCGAACUGUCACAACAACAACAACAGGAAGUGCUGGUCCAGCGCUACGUCCUUCUCGAACAACAGCGACAGCAAUCACUUCAGUCAUCCAUUCCGACCAGAACUGCGAAUGAGGACAAUGUCUCACAACAAAUGGCAGCUCUGGACAGGUUGUCGGGUCUGCGAAUUGACGGCAAUCGAUCCCAACAACAAAUGGUCAACAAUAACAACAGUCACCAAAACGUGUCGAGUAUUUGGGACUUGAAUACCGGCGCUCUUUCAGUGUCUGCCAUCGAAGAGAUGCAGCGAAAGGAACAGGAGUUGAAAGAACUCGAAGAGCUUAAGGAGAGACGUAAGGCUUUCGAAGAGGAACAGAACCGCAAGAAGUUAGAGCAACAACAGGAAGAGAUGCAAAGACACAUGAAUGAGGAACGCGAGCGCAAGUUUCAAGAGAUCCAGAAGAAGCUCGAAGACGAAAGAAUGAGAGCUCAAGAACUCCUCCGCAAACAAGAAGAAGAGAAUAGACGGCGCGAAGAGGAGGAGAGGCUCCGUAUGGAAGAGGAGGAGCGCCGCACUGCCGAAGAACAGAAGAGGCGUCACGAAGAGUUGCUCCGAUUGGAAGAGUACGCCCGACGACAAGCGCUUCAGGAGGAAGAGAAGCGACGACAGAUGGAAAUGGAGAAAGAGAGACAACGACAGCAAAUACACGAAAUGGAAAGGGAGAGAGCGAUGGAAAUGGAAAGACUGAGACAACUUCAACAGCAACAGCAGAACCAACAACAGCUACAACAGGAGGCUAUGAUUAAACUCCAACAACAGAGAGAGGAGAGACAGCGCAAGGGUUGGGGACAGACAGCGCCCGAACCGAACCAAAAGCCACAAAAUUCGCUUUCAUUGGACGACAUUCAGAGACUUCAAGAGGAGAAGGAACGCGAAGAGCGACAGAGGAAAGCGUUGCAACAGAAGCACAUGCAGGCGCUGUUCGCAGCCCAACAACAGCAACAGAACAAGCAAUCGUCGGGUUGGGCCGCCACCACCUUUCAGCCGACCGCCGCUCCCCUCAAGACGUUGGCUGACAUACAGCGAGAAGAGGCCGAGAAAGUGGCGAAACAGCGGGUGAUUGAGAAUAAGAAACAACAAACACAAGUGACUAAUAAUGUGCCAAACGCUGGCAUUUGGAACAAUGCCAACAAUCAGCUCUUUGGACAGUCUAUUCCGCCACCGAUCCAGACCUCGUCGGCGAAGAGCAACAAUAACAACGCCGUUUCCAUCGGCUUCUGGGAACCGGAAUCUCGAAAAGUUCAGACCAAUAGAGCCAAUGAAAGUGCCUUACAUUCAAUGCAAACCAAUUCAAAGGGCAAUACAAAUAACACUCAAUUUCAGACAAAAAUCAGUGCGAGAGACAAAAAAGAUGAGGAAUCAGUUUUGCGACUCUUUGAACACCAAAGGCGACAAAAAAACGACGAAUUCACGCAAUGGUGUAUUGAAGCCCUUUCUAAAUAUCAGUCAAGUGUUGACAUUCCGACAUUCAUAGCAUUUCUAAAGGACGUGGAAUCUCCCUUCGAAAUCAAUGAUUACGUUCGUUCAUAUCUCGGAGAGGGGAAAGACGUCAAAGAGUUCGCCAAACAGUUCAUCGAAAGGCGAUCUUAUUUCCGAAAUCGGGCCAAAAAGGAAGCCUCAGAGGAGCUGAUGUGGGGACCGGCACCGGCCAUAACUCCGUCCGCAAACAAAUUAAGUCAACCGAACGCGUGUGCAGUCAAUUCGGUGACCAAUAAUAGCGAUAUAGAUAUGAGUGGUUUCAUCCAGAGCUCCAAAAAGAAGAAGAAAGGCAAACGUGUGAUCGACAACUCCAUACUGGGCUUCACAGUACAGGCAGAUCCCGACCGUAUGGCCGGUGAGAUCGAACAGAUCGAUGACUGAAUACCGCAUAUAAUAUAACCAUCCGUUUGACGAAUGAAAAUGAAAACACAAUUAUUUCUGUCGAAACAAAUCCUUAAAGUGUUGACUAAAUGUACAGUAUUUGGAGAUAUAUUUACUUAUUUACAGCUUAAGUAUAUAUAUAUAUAAAUGUUAUUAUAAUUGAAAAACUUAUUAAACGAUUUAACUCUUCACACAUUUAAUUAACUAAAUGACAGAAACAAAUCGACGGGUUUUUGAAACAAAUCAAUUGAAAAUUGUUUUUAUUAUUAAAUAUAAAAUUCUAUAGAAUAUAAAGGAAUGGGAAGUUCUCUCAGACCUCAACACAAAUUACAAAUAAAAUAUCAAAAAAUUA